AUGAUGAUAAUGCCAAGCCUCAUACAGAGACUUAGAUCCCUUGUGGGUUUGAAAGGCUGGGACUAUUGUGUUAUCUGGAAACUGAGUGAAGACCAAAGGUUCAUUGAGUGGAUGGAUUGUUGCUGUUCAGGGACUGAAAUCACCCAAUAUGAUGCUGGACAAGAUCUUCUUUUCCCUCCAGUCCUUCCUUGUAGGGAUACCAUGUUACAGCAUCCAAGAACCACAUCUUGUGAUCUUCUUGCCAAAAUGCCUUCUUCCCAACCCCUAGACUCCGGGAUUUAUGCAGAGACCUUGAUAUCAAACCAACCCAGUUGGUUAAACUUCUCUAAUAACACAUGUUUAAGUACUCUAGAGGAAACAGUUGGUACCAACGUUUUGAUUCCAAUACCAGGAGGAUUAAUUGAGCUGCUUGUUACCAAACAAGUAUUUGAAGAUCAGCAUGUUAUUGAUUUUAUCACAGCCCAAUACAGCAUCUCAAUGGAGCAGGACACCCUCGAUAACAUAACCGCAGAAAACGGGUUUCAAGAGAUGGAGGCAAUGCAGAGGUCCAUGAUGGCUGAUGAGACACAACAACACAUGCAUAUGCAAUACAUGGAGGCAUUAGCACCAGACAUGGAUCAGCAGGACGGCAAUGAUAGGCAGGACUCGAUUAUACAUGACGAAGGACCGGCUGCAGAUGGACUGUCAGAUUGCAGUGAUCAGAUUGAUGAUGAUGAGGAUGAUGCAAAAUACCAGAGAAGGAGGGCAGGGAAAGGGCCUCAAGCCAAAAACCUUGUUGCUGAGAGAAAGAGAAGGAAGAAGCUUAAUGAAAGACUUUUUGCUCUUAGAGCUCUGGUUCCCAAUAUUUCCAAGUUGGACAGGGCUUCCAUUCUUGGGGAUGCAAUCGAGUAUGUGCAGGAGUUGCAGAAGCAAGCUAAACAACUCCAAGAUGAGCUUGAUGAUCAUGCAGAGGAUGAAGGUCCAAAGAACUCUGGCAUCACUGGCCACCACAACAAUAUACAAUCAGAGAUUCAAAGUGAACUUGACCCUGGGGGCCCUAAAACUGAUCAUCAACACGAUAGCAUCUCCAAACAAAGCCAAGAUUCAGAUGUUAUCCAUGACCACAAGACACAACAGAUGGAGCCCCAAGUGGAAGUGGCUCAAUUAGAUGGAAAUCAGUUCUUUGUUAAAGUGUUCUGUGAGCACAAGCCUGGUGGAUUUGUGAGAUUGAUGGAGGCUUUGAGCUCUCUAAGCCUGGAAGUUAUUAAUGCCAAUGUGACUAGCUUCAGAUGCCUCGUGUCCAACGUUUUCAUCGUAGAGAGAAAGGAUAGUGAGAUGGUUGAAGCUGAUGAUGUGAGGGACUCCUUGCUAGAGCUAACAAGGAACCCAUCAAGAUGGCGUAGUGAGAUAGCUAAAGCAGCAGAGAAUGGCGUCGGCUUUGACAACCAUGACCAUGACCAUCACCACCACCUACACCUCCACAACCGCCAUUUUAAUCCCUUCCACUUGCACCAUCUUCCUAAUGAAACAUGA